AUGGUCGCUCGAUUUAUGAGAUACUGGCCCGCAGCGCUUGCUGAUAAUGUAUUGCCGAAUUACGGGACCCUCGUGGCCCGCUCCGGAACUGAGUUUGGGUCUUCUGAUGAGCGUACAAUUUUCUUUCUGACUGAGUACAUAGAUCUGAGGAACUGGGGCCCGUUCCACAAUGGGGGUUAG